ACGUCUACAGGGUGUCCACAAGCAGGUCUUCUGUUUGAGAAGCUUGAGAACCUCGGCGCAGCACUUAAAAACAUUAGCACCUGUCUUGACAACGCCCUCGACCUCAUCGACCAGCAGUGCCCGUGUCUGGAUGACUCCCUUGAGUGCUUCGAAACACGAGUCUCUAACUUCAGUUCUGCUUUGGUAGAGUUCAUUGACGAUGUGGGAAAUGUCACAUCCAGCGCCCCAGGAGAGUGUCCAAAUCGUACCGGAGCAGUGUUCGUGGCUACUUGUGAUGGAACUGAUGUUGCCGUGGUAGAUCCCAAUGGUGUCAUCCAGAACGGCUUCAAUACCGAUACCAAUGUAACUGGUUGGGCUGUUUACAUCAACGGUGAUACCUAUGGAUUUGACUACUUCAGGAACGAUCCAUUUGAAGUUCGAUGUCGGCCUAACACCAAAUGGACCUGAAGAUGUAUUAGGCGAUGACGGUGAUCCUCCAUUAACAGCGACGGCAUUUGGAACUGGCAUUGUCUUCGAUCCUGACUCAUUCGACGAUCUUGUGGCCAUCACGUUCAACGAUUGGACUCCAAAUGGCAUCUACUCUUUCGACAGGCAGUCCUCAGGACAAAUAGCCCUGCGCUACUCAUAUCACGGCAACACAGGAAGAAUUGACGUUAGUAACGGUUACCUGUACAUGAAUGAUGGCCAGGAGAUCAUCAGGAGACCAUUAGAUGGUAGUGGUGACUGGGAGCAAGUACAUGUAUUUUCAGCGUCGAUUAAGGAGUUUGCAGUUCUCUGUAAUGGAAACAUAGCGUUCUGUGACGAUGCUGGUGCUGUCUACAUCUACGAUGCGGUUGACGAUGUCUACAAACAAACGAAAAAGCCAGUGGCUGGGGAGUGCUGCGCCUCUGUUGAAGUCAACCAUUGUAAUGGACUCAUCUACGUCGCAAACGUAAACGAUACGGAAAUUGAGGUCUACAAUGCUACGUCACGCAAGCUUGUUGACCUAGUUGUGUACACCGAGUCGACUCCAUCCCAAUGCCCGUCUAUUGCGUUUGAUCCAACAUUCUGCUGUGCAUAAACGGAACUAGAUGACGGUAUGCUAGUUGUUUAUGAAUAUGACACUUAGUACUUCACGUUGAAAGGCAUUUCCAAUGUAACUUAAAAUGAAAGCCUGUCUCAACUGCAGUUGUAAAUAUGUUCAGCAAAACCAUUUCUCUUUUGCGUAGUAACGAUAG